CAGUUUUCUUUUAAACCGUAUUUUAUCCUUACUUACAUACUGGCUGUCUUGUGGUGUCCCUAACACCUCCUAAGGCUCGUCAUGAAGGCGUUUUUGGCUCAUUCAGCCUCCCUCGUGCUGCUCAUUUCUUUUCUCCGUGGAGUUGCAAUUGCCAUCCGAACUCUAAAAGAAGGUCCUAUGAUUGAUGCAGACGGAAGGGAAUAUAAAACUGCUUCUUUGACAGAAGACUCCAGCCCGAGAGCAAGCGAUAGUGUCCGUGUAGAGUGCACAGAAGUGUCCAUGAUUGUCUACAUACAAGCAGACUUCUACAGAACUGGACGCCUUGUGUCUCCAGGGGACUUGUUUUUGGGAGGUGCAGAGCAUAAGCAGGACAGUCGGUGUCGGGCUGUUGUUUCUGGACACAAUGAGUAUGUCAUUGAAGCUGGCUUGCAAGACUGUGGCUCCAAGUUGACUAUAACAGAUGAUGAUGUGAUCUACUCAAACAAGCUGGUUUUCUCACCAGUUUCCAAUCACCACACUAUUACAAGGAUGACUGAUGCUAUAGUCCCUGUGUCCUGCCAUUACAAAAGAACACACACUGUAAGCAGCAGUAAUACUGAACAGGCGCCCAUGACGUUCUCUCAGUCAGCAAAGUUCUCAACCAAGAACUCUGCUUUCUCUUUGAAGCUGAUGGCUGAUGACUGGUUAACGGAGAUGUUGUCCAGCAAGUUUCAUCUUGGAGACUUUCUGCGCUUUGAGGCAAAGUAUACGGGCCCAGAGCCCAGGCAGCUUUUUGUCGAAAGCUGCGUUGCCACUCUGACACCUGACGCAACGUCGGUACCCAGAUACUACUUCAUUGAAAACCACGGGUGCUUCACUGAUUCAAAAGCGGGGUCAGUUGCCUCAUUCCUACCCAGAUCGAGAGCCAAUUUGCUUCAGUUCCAGAUUGAUGCCUUUCUGUUUCGUAAUGAUUUGAGAAACACUAUCUACAUCACUUGUAACCUGAAGGCUACCCUCCAAAUGAGGACCACCUUGACUGACAAGGCCUGCAAUUAUGUGCAUUCAAGCUGGAAAAGUGUGGAUGAGAACGAUAGUGUUUGUUGGUGUUGUGACAGUAUUUGCUACCAAAGUCUUCCCAGAGAUGAUGAUCUUUGUGACAUUGUCACUCUUGGUCCACUGAGGAUUAUCUCUAACAAGUAAAGAGCAAGUGACAAACUGUCUGCCAGAGGCUCUUGGAUUAAACCUGCGCAACGGUCUUGUAUGUCCAAAAAUAAAGUUU